AUGACAAUACAGGUGCUGUCAUUCCUAAGUAAAUCUAUUGGUGCAACAAAGAUAUACGAUACCAAGCAACCUGUAUACGCUUUAGACCAUGAUGUUCAAAAUAAAUCCGAAAAAAACCUCAAAAAGUACGCCAACAUUGAAGCAUGGAGUAAGGAGCAAGGAGUCGAUUUCUAUCCGGCUGGACGCGGUAUUGGACAUCAAGUCAUGAUUGAAGAAGGUUACGCUUUCCCCAACACCCUCACCGUUGCUUCUGACUCACACUCCAACAUGUAUGGUGGUAUUGGUGCUUUGGGUACUCCCAUUGUUCGUACUGAUGCGGCAGCAAUUUGGGCGACGGGCCGCACUUGGUGGCAAAUUCCACCUAUAGUCAAGGUUCAAUUCAAAGGCAAACUUCCGAAAGGUGUUACAGGGAAAGAUGUUAUUAUAGCGCUAUGCGGGUUAUUUAAUAGGGAUCAAGUGCUUAAUACAGCCAUUGAGUUCCAUGGAGAAAUCGGAGAUCUGACUGUUGAGGAUCGAUUAGCGAUAGCCAAUAUGACAACAGAAUGGGGUGCCUUGGCAGGUGUUUUCCCUGUCGACAAAGCCACUAUUGAGUUUCUCAGAAAACGCCAACGACGUAUUGAAUUCUCGCACUUUGAAAAUGCAAACUUAGUACCAGCAAAUUUCGGACAGAAGUUUAUUCAUCCACGUAUCAAUGAUGAGACAAUUCAAAAUCUGAUAGACAAACCGUUAAAACCAUCUCCCAAAGCCACGUAUGCCAAAACACUCACUUUGGACCUUUCUACGUUGUCAGCAUAUGUUUCUGGUCCCAAUUCCGUCAAAGUGGCUACUCCUCUCUCGGAGUUGAUGGCUAAACGAAUACCGAUCAAUAAGGCUUACCUCGUAUCUUGCGUGAAUUCUCGCAGUUCUGAUUUAAAACAAGCUGCUGAAGUCUUGCAGGGUAAAAAGAUUAAAGAAGGUGUAGAAUUCUACGUUGCAGCUGCUAGCUCUGAAGUUCAAAAGGAAGCAGAACAAGCCGGCCAUUGGCAAACUUUGAUUGAUGCCGGCGCCACUGUUUUACCUGCAGGUUGUGGGCCCUGUGUAGGUCUGGGAAUGGGUCUUUUGAAGGAUGGCGAGAUAGGCAUUUCUGCUACCAAUCGAAAUUUCAAAGGCCGUAUGGGAUCACCGAACGCAUUAGCUUAUUUAGCAUCCCCUGCAGUAGUAGCUGCUUCGGCUUUAUCAGGUUAUAUAUCGGGACCCCAGUCAUCCUCAAUUACUACGAGUUCCAAACCACCUUCCCCAUCUUUCAGUAUCGAAAUUGCAAGCUCAAAACAGUUAGCAAACCAAACAGCUACCAGUUCCUCCAACGAAGUUCUUCCGAACUUCCCAUCCAUUAUUCGCGGAGAAAUUAUUUUUUGCCAUGCUGAUAAUUUGAAUACGGAUGGUAUCUAUCCUGGCAAAUAUACGUAUAAUGAUGAAAUGACUCGUGAUGACAUGAAGAAAGUUGUGAUGGAAAAUUAUGAUCAUAAUUUUGUCAACCUAGUCAAACCUGGAGAUAUUCUUGUGGGAGGAUUUAAUUUUGGUACAGGCUCUUCUCGUGAGCAAGCAGCAACGGCUAUUAAAUCAAGGGAUAUUCAAAUCAUGGUGGCAGGAUCCUACUCUGACAUUUUUAAGCGUAAUUCUGUAAAUAAUGCUUUGCUACUUAUUGAAUCAGCUGAAUUAGUCAACGAUUUAAAGACAGAAGUAGGCACGCAGGAGCUGACGAAACGUACAGGAUGGAAUGUUGAAAUUCAUGUAGCAGAAGGCAGAGUAAUAGUGAAGAAAUGCGAUGGUCAAGAAAAGGUUUACAAUGUGGGUGCAUUAGGUAAAAGCGUUCAGGAAAUAUGGCUGGCCAAUGGUCUUGAGGGCUGGGUGAAACAAAGGUUAUAG